GUGAUCAAGCGAGCGGUGACCAGACGGGUAUAACGGCGUUUUCUUUUUAUCAAUGCCUUUUGUACCUUGAUUUGGGAGCAAACGGUUGGUGUCUGGUCUAAAAAAUGUACAAAAGGCAAUCUAAGACUAUUCAAGGCAGCAUCAACUCCAACUUAGAAGACGAAAUGGCAAUCAACAGCAAAUCAAAAACAUUCACAAAUGGAAAAGCUCCUAAUUAUAAAGUGUCCAAAGAGGAAUCUGCGAAGAGUAUAACCCUGACCCAAGGUGCAGCUCUUAUCAUAGGAAUAAUGAUYGGUUCUGGAAUUUUUGUUUCACCAAAAUUUGUGCUAGAGAAAUCAGGAUCUGUAGGGAUGAUGGUGAUAGUAUGGACUUUUUCCGGGCUGAUUGCAAUGCUGGGAGCAUUAUGCUACUGCGAACUUGGAACAUUCAUUCAAAAAUCUGGUGGAGAGUAUAUUUAUUUCAAAGAAGCAUAUGGGUCAUUGCCUGCUUUUUUGGUGAGCUGGACUAUCAUCUUAGUUCUCAAGCCGGCAUCAAUAGCAAUUAUUUGCAUGGCAUUUGCAUAUUAUUCCUGUCUUCCCUUUCUUCCUGAGGGAUCAACAGAGCCUACUGUUCUCGUCAAAGUAAUUGCAAUGCUAUGUAUUGUGAUACUCACAAUUAUCAAUUGUUUGAGUACAAAAUUAGCAGCCCAAACUCAAGUUCUCUUUACUGGAAUGAAACUUUUAGCAAUUGGUUUAGUUGUGAUUAUAGGGCUGUAUAAUAUAGCCACAGGACACACAAAAAACUUUGAAAACCUCUUCAAUGGUACAAGUAGUAGUCCAGGAAAGCUUGCCCAUGCUUUUUAUAGUGGCCUUUGGGCCUUUGAUGGCUGGAACCAACUGAAUUAUGUUACUGGAGAGCUGAAGAACCCGACAGAGAACCUCCCCAAAGCAGUAAUCAUUGCACUUCCUUUGGUCACCCUCUGUUAUGUUCUGGUCAAUAUAGCUUAUGUGUGUGUCCUUACACCAGCAGAAGUCAUCUCGUCAAGUGCAGUUGCCAUAUCUUUUGCUGAAAAAAUUCAUCCAGCUUUUCUGGUUAUGAUGCCACUGUUGGUUGCUUGCUCUUGCUUUGGAGCAGCAAAUGGCUCCAUUUUUACCAAUGGCCGAGUAGUUUGCGCAGCAGCAAAGGAAGGACACAUGCCUACUUUCUUUGCAACAGUUAACUCCAGACUGAAAAUGCCAAUUUAUGCAGUUGCAUUUCCCUCUGUUAUUGCAAUCUUACUGCUUCUACCCAGCAAUCUUGAAUYCCUCAUAAGCUGUUUUAGUUUUGUAGCAUGGAUGUUCUAUGGAGGAACUAUUUUGUCUCUUCUCGUACUGCGGCUGAGAAUGCCCCAUAAGCACAGGCCUUACAGGGUUUGGACUGUUGUACCAAUUCUCAUGGUUCUUGUAGCACUUUAUCUGGUUCUUGCCCCAUUCAUUGAAAAACCAAAGGAUUCAGCCUUUGCUUUAAUGUAUAUUUUGGCUGGGAUUCCAUUUUAUUAUAUUUUCUCAAAAAAGUAAAACAAUACUUUUCUUAUUGUAAACCAUUUCUCAAUUAGACAGAGCAUUAUAUAGCCUGAGAUGACAGAUGUCUGACACUCGCCACCCCACUGCCAAGACAGACAUACAGACUCUGGUGGGGGGUAGGCACAAAAUAUCAUCCGGUCUUCUCAGUCCAAGCAUUAUAAAGCUUGUUAUUUUAUUUUGCAUCCCAUAACAAUAUAUAUAUGUGUGUAGAGUAUAUGUGUGUAAGUCAACGUGUAAUAGUAAAAUAGGCACAAAAGAAAACAAUGGAAUUAUAGUCUACUAAAGUGUAUUAGUCUAAUAUCUGUUUCACAGGUUUAAUAACUUCAAAGUGAAGAAAUCACAUAUAUAUGUAUAUAUGUAUAUAUGUAUAUAUGUACUGUUURAUAAACGAGCAGGAGUGUUUUAUCGGGUAUAAAACACGAGGCAUAGCCGAGUGGUUUUAGACCUGAUAGAACACGAUCUGC